CCGGCACCAGCGGAAGACGAUAUUUUUUGGUCAACCAGAAAAAAUGAGGAGUUCAUCCUCUCGGACCUAUCUUUUCCCUCCCAAGGCCACCAAUUCAUUCGGGGCCUCAUGACCCUAAUAUGAGUCAUGAGACGACUCUUGAUGUGGGUUGACGUUUUCUACAGGUGAGAAUGAGAGACUUGGCUGGGCAGUUAGAAGCCGACGACAUCCGAGAGCCAACACUUUUCAACGACAUGCCUUAUUCGUUGGAUCAGAGAUCAUACAUCCCCGCUCAGCCCAAACCCAAGAAAAUAACUGCAUCAGGAGAUUUUGUUGUCAGGCACUUCAGGCUAGACACUGACUAUCUACCUACAGUUUGUAAGUACAUUCCUUACCCACUGGAUUCCUUACCCACUGGAUCCCUCCACAACCAUGAAAUACGGCCCCGAUUUGGGAGGCCACCACGGCCACCAGGCUACUCUCCACCACAUCUGGUUGACGCCUUAUGAUGGGCUCCGCCGAAAAGGGUCAUGAUUAACCCUGUUUGAAUGGAUUCGUUUGUCAUCCGGAUCCUCGCUCGCCUUGUCCUUGUCCGACCCCAUGACCCUGGCUGGGC